AUAGCUGCCUGCAGCUCUUGGUUUAAGUCGCCCAGCCACGUCGUGACUGUUUCCCUCAUACUAUUGACCUCGAUUACAAAGGCUUCCUGGCCUGCUUCAGUACCGUUUCGUGCUGUCCUGUGCAGCAUCAACUCAGCUGCCUGCAUACUUGAUCUUCUGCGCGAGCCUGCUGCCUUUCCCUCGUCUGGGUGGUGUCUACCCCUUCAAGCUCUUUUUUGGGUUACACAUGUACCAAAUCCCUUCCAACCAUGAGUGUUAGUGUCGAGCAGCCGCUACACUUCCAGCAGUCAACUUCACCUGCUUUUUCCAGUCCACCACAUUCACCGACCCACCUACACCAUGCGCCAACAGUGUCUUCUCCACCACCCGUUCAACAAACAACCGACGCAGAUAUGAGCACAUCAGCUCACAUAGCGCCGCCGGCCGGCCAGAGGCGCAACCGGGAGGAUGCGGACAUGCGGGAGGUUGAAGGUCUGACGAACGGACAAGCACAUGUCGAGCAGGUCUCCCCACUGCUGGCUGAGUCCUCGAUCAGCAGCGUCGCCGUCGAGAUCGCCGCCGUGGACGAAGACGCUAUGGACACAACGCCGGAUACAGACCAGCGGCUCGUGCUGCCAAACAGCCCAACUGGUCACACGGAUGCCGCUGCUGUUCAGCCAUUCCCACCCGCAACAACCGGCACUGGUGAAGAAGUAACAGACAGCACUGUGCAAACUGAGCCUACCGACGUAACAGUGGACGCAACAGAGCCUCCUCCGCCGAUCAUACCUCCUCCUCUCUUCGAUCCAGAUCUUCAGCCACCACCACCGCCGCCGCCGCCCGUCGAGCCUGUCCGGUCCGACUCCGAGUCAUCAGAUGACGACGAUGGCAUGCACCCAUGGCACUUCAUACAGGAAGACACCUCCUCGCCAGAUGAGACUGAGCUGAAAGAGAUAGAGGCAUCUACAGAGCAUAGUGCUCUGGAUCAUGAGUAUUGGGAGAGCCGUGCUUUCCUGCCCGUGGAAGAGCCGGAAUAUACAGUGGGUGUCAGCGGACGAAUCGACUGGGCCAUCAAGGCAUACAAUGGGACACGGGAGAACCCAAACCGGGACAUCGUCAUGAAGUCAGAUCCUGUCACUAUUGGCGGCUACCAGUGGCAGAUAAAGUUCUAUCCCAAGGGAAACGACUCGGACUACUUGAGCGUGUAUCUGGAAUGUCUGAGUGUCGCGAAACCGUCCACGAAGAAGAAAGAAAGUCGCGUCGAUUCUGUGGCCAAAAACGAGCAUAUCGAAGCAUCCAGCGAAGACGCUCUUCCGGGCAUGUCAGCACAGAUCACUGACAUGAGACACCAAUACACGUGUCUGCCGCUGCUGGGCUCUAAGCGGCUGCCCAAGCGAAAGAGUGUCGCAGCACAAGUCUCCGUAGUCAUGUACAAUCCUACAGAACCCCGCGUCAACUAUUCGAGAACUGCGCUGCACCGCUUUUGCAGUGGUUCGCCUGAUUGGGGAUGGACUAGAUUCCAUGGUCCGUACUACGAUAUCCCGCACCGUCUACGAGGUCAGCGACAAGCGCUGCUUCGUAACGACAAGCUCGCAUUUACUGGCUAUAUCCGAAUCGUCGAAGACGAGACCGACUGUCUCUGGGAGCACCAUAGUCGAGAGAACCCAUGGGACAGUUUUGCGAUGACUGGCCUACAGGGACUGAUGCUCGGCGAGGACGCUAGUUCUCCUGGCGGAAAUAUGAUUUCUGCAAUCUCAUCUUGGAUGCUGUUCAAGCCACUCAGAAUACUCCUGUACAGCGCCUGUGCACCUGAUCCACAAAAGGAACCACUUGCGCAUCCCAAACCUCUACUCAGUGCACUGCAAAAGGUGCUUUACAUGCUUAGGACACAAGUAGAUCCCGGUGCUGGUCCUGUGCCUCUGGACAACGUCCUGGAUGCCCUCGAAUGGUAUGGUCUCCACGAACGCGUGGACAAGCUUGAUGUCAUUGAGACGUGGCAAGUCUUACGUUCCAAGCUUGAGGAAGAGCUACACGACAUGCCUGAGGCUACCGCUCUCGAAGCCAUCUGCGGGCCCAAGCAUAAUCAUAUCACUGGCAUCCCAAGCUACAGGGUACCUGUCGUUGGCGUCGAGAGUAUGCAAGGCGCAAUCAACAAGUCGACUGACUUCAUCACACUGAGCCAUAACUUGCCUCAGCUACUGACCAUUGAGCUAGAACGGCAGAUGUUCGACUUCAAAACACGGUCUUACGUGAAGCUGCUCGACAAAGUUACUUUGGAUGAUCACGUUACUGUCAAAGGUGUGCCAUAUACGCUAUACGGAUUCAUAGUUCACAAGCAAACACUACAGUCGUACGUUUACCAGCCGAUUCUGAGACCUGAAGGACCAGGUUCCCGAUGGUACAGCUACUCAGACAGCAAAGAUGAGAACCAUGUCAAAUGUCUCACAAACAGGCAAGCUGUCGAUGCCCACGAGGGCAAAGCUGGUGCUAGCCGAAUCGACGGCAACGAUCCCGUCGCAUACAUAGCACUUUAUGUUCGUGAUGACGCGGCCGACUUUGCUUUCAAAACAGCUGCCGAUUCCGAGCAGUGGGAGGUACCCGAAUGGAUCAGAAACGAUGUAGAAAAGACGAGGAACUCAAGCAUCAUGGACCCACUGCCUCCACCUCCACCGACCGACGAACAGAUAGCAACAACAACCGGCGGUGGGACGUUGGUUUCGGACCAUGAAGAUGACGACCUGGAUGACACGGUCGACUUUCAAGUCUUCGAUUCCCGGAUCUUCCUUCAACAUGAGGGGCCCGGUAUUUUCGAGAUGCACGAUAUGCAGUCGAUCGCAGGAAACCCCGAGAAUGUGCAUAGCAUUCGCUUGUCACGUAAAGACAGCUGUGCUGAGAUUCGUCGUAAGAUUGCAUCAAUCAUUGACGAUGUCAAAGACCCUCGACAGGUCAAGUUCUGGUUUAUGGACCCAUUGAGAGGCUCGCAAAGCCGCCCGCAUCUUUCAAGUACAGGUAAAGUGGAGUUUUCUAGUGGCAGCUAUGACCGCUACUUGGAGUUGAGGGAGUGGAGAUUUGAUCGGUCGGAUUUUGCGUGCCGCCGCCUGUGGACACACAUCGUCAACUUUGCCGAUCUGCCAAAGCUUCCUCAAGAAGAGAAAGCGAACUGCCAUACUAAUGAGAUAUCAUCCUCUGCAGUCGAUCAUAUUGCCACCACGAUCGACGCUGCGACGGGGACGUCUUCCGCCACAAUGUUCGAGGACACGCCAAUGAGCGAGCCCGAUGAACUCGAGCCAGAGGAGAUCAUGCCCGCACAACCGAGACCUCAUACACCAACUCCCGUAUCUUUGAGCAUUGCCGAAGGUGCUAAUGGAACACUUACCGAAGGCGGUAACAACGAGACCGGAGCUGCUGGAUUCAACACAUUUGUGCCUCCGGCAAUGCCGAAUGACACAGAGAUGGGAGGUACACAUGAGGACUUACAUCAUCCACCUCCUCCGCCAGUUGACCUUCCAAGAGGCUUCGUGCCACCACCCCCGCCACCUGUAGACCAAGCGCCCAGCAUAGAGCCUUCAACAGACGAGGUCUACUUCUUUUUAAAAUACUUCGAUCCACAGAAGCAAACGCUCGAGGCUCGCGGCACAUACACUGUCGAGAGAUCUGCCAGGGUAGAUGAAACUCUGGUGAAGUGCCUAGGAUUGCCAAUGGAGGACAAGAGAAGGAUCGAGAUCUGGGAAGAGGAAGAGAUGAAUACACUCCGGUCGAUCAAGAACCGCCGCUCAUUCCUCCAAGUCGAUCUGCACAGUACUUCAGUCAUCAUCGUUACGAUGCCCUGUACAAGCGAACAGCGCAGUGCGCUUGCAACACGCGGCGCGUUCGCAGACCCGCAGUCUUUCCUGGCUUAUCGCACCUUCGCCCGCAAUUUCCCCUCCCAUCUCAACGGUCAUUUUACGUACAACUACUUUUCUUCUGAAUAUUACAAGGGUGAGAUCAAGAAUGGCCACCGUCACGGACAUGGCAAGAUGUUCUAUCACAGCGGUGCAACAUAUGAGGGUUCGUUCCAACUCGGCCAGCGCCAUGGUCAUGGUCUUUACACCUUCCAGAAUGGCGACACGUAUGACGGUGACUGGGUGGAGAAUCAGCAGCACGGCUCUGGAACCUUUGUAGAGGCAACCACAGGUAACACUUACGUUGGUGGCUGGAGGAACGACAAGAAGUUUGGCGAAGGCGUCACUCAUUGGAAGAAUGCACAAGAAGAAGAGCGUCUCUGCCGCAUCUGCUGGGAAGAUGCGGCAGACGCAGCGUUUUACGAUUGUGGGCAUGUAGUGGCGUGCUUGCAGUGCGCAAAGGAGGUACAGAACUGUCCAGUGUGUCGGAAGAGGGUUCUGUGUGCUAUGAAGCUCUACUACGUAGCGUAGUCAUGCUACGAGAGAAGGCGACAGAGUUUGCAGAUCACCGGGUUCGCCGCUCAGAGUGCACAUAGGGUACUGAGUGGGCACAGGGCUGGCGUUCAAUCUUAUUGACACUUAUUGACAUAUUUCUUUCAUC